AUGUCGAGGGCAUUUCUCAACAAGCUCGUCUUCCUGGUGUCCGAAUGUGGCCUACGAUUUGCGCGAGUGCGACGCAUGGAUGAGUGCGUCUGUGGAUGCCACAAGUACGUCAACUCUCUCCGCCUAAUCAGUGGCAAUCCAACGCCUUCUUCCCCUUUCCACCACAAAUCGGAGAAUAUUCCACUGCAUUUUCCACUACUGAAAAUAAGUGCCUUGGUCUUCUUCUUCUUCUCCUCCUCCUCCUCCUCUCCAUUUAGGUUACCCUACUUGUCGCCGUUUGGGUGUGUCCUUCCAUCCGGAGCCUCGACUUCACCCUCACCACUAGCGCAUAGGCUGGAGAAUGCAUGCACCAUAGAGGUGGGGAUGUCUGCUACGUUGUGA